AUGGGAAUAAAGCAGCAAUUCACGGCGCCCUACACACCGCAGGAAAACCCAACAGAACGGGCUAACCGUAAAAUAAAGACGAUGAUAGCUCAAUUCGCAGGAAAGGAUCAAAGAACUUGGGACGAGAACUGGCCAGAGAUUAUGCUAGCAGUGAACUCAAGCAUAUCUGAAUUAACUGGAUACUCCCCAGCAUUUUUCACACAAGGCCGGGAACCCCGUUUGCCAAACGCAUUAUAUGACAGAGAAACUUCAGGCUCUGUGAGAAACACAGAGACUCCAGACGAGAAGGCCGCUAAGUUUAAAGAAAUCUUCGAAAUCGUACGUCGAAAUAUGGAAAAAGCAUCCCAUGAGGAGGAGGCAGUGGACACCAGAGCCCCGAGGUACGAUGUCCCUUACCAGGUUAUGGAUUUCGUCUCUCCGGUGAUCUGCAAAAUACGGCACACACAUUCAAAGAAAGAGCGGACGGUUCACGUUGGCGAGCUUAAGCAGGAACAAUCAGAAACGGCAAAAGAGCAGACGGAGGACACAUCGGAGAACUAG